CUUACGUCAACCAGGAAGUAAAUGGAAACGGAACCUGUGCCCAGCCUGUCGGUGUGAAUGAGAAGUUAAAUGUGCAGACACUGGAAACGUGUCGACUCGAGACGUUUUAAAUCAGAACGAUGUCUCCGGAUGAGCUGGUGUACUUGGGAAUUCUUGCUGCCUCCAUCCCUAUUGGAUUCCUCUUCCGUCGCUUCAGUCCUCCUGUGAAGCAGGGGGCAGCUCUUCUUCUGGGUCUCUCUAUUACUAUUGCCACCUGUCACAUUCACACACUCCACUCUUUGGUGACGGUGAUUGGAACAUGGAUUAUUAUAAAGAGCAGCUGGCGGCACGCCCCAGCACUGAGUCUUAUCUGGACCUUUCUCUACCUCCUCUUCUUCCGGCUGGCCGCCUGGUUCAGUCUUCCAUUACCGACGUCUUUUGCCAAUGCUGUCCAGCUUCUUCUCACUCUAAAGAUGGUGAGCCUAGCGAAUGAUGUGCACAGCUUCCACAUGGAGAAGAAAAAGGAAGUGAGCUCUUUUGCCAGGUCUCCCGUUGUUGGUGGUAUCUCUCGGGAGCCUUCUCUCUAUGAUCUUCUGUCCUAUAGCUACUGUUAUGUUGGUAUAAUGACCGGUCCAUUCUUUCGCUUCCAAACAUACGUUGACUGGCUGACACAGCCCAGCCCGCUGGCUCUGCCCAGUUGGGAGCCUUGCCUGCAGCGCUUGAAGCCAAUUCCUGUCUACUUUGCACUGUUCCUGGCUGUCAACUCUGUCUUUCCUCUGGAUUAUGUUCGCACUGAGGAGUUCCUGGAUCGAAACUUCUUCUUCAGGUUGUUCUACAUGGUAGCAGUAUUCUUUGUCUUUAGGAUGCGUUUCUAUUCGGCGUGGUGUGGAGCUGAGGCUGGCUGUAUCAGUGCAGGUCUGGGCUGCUAUCCAGAAAAGGCACUGUCGAAACCUGGAGGAGGACCCACUGUCAAUUACAGUCCCGAUCCCACAGCUGAAGAGAAAUAUGAUUUCAAAACCAUCCAGAACAUCGACUGCUACAACACCGACUUCUGUGUGAAGGUCCGACACGGCAUGCAUUAUUGGAACAUGACAGUACAGUGGUGGCUGCGCCACUACGUCUAUCCCAACGCCCCCUUCAAAGCCUAUACACUCAGGGCUGGCUGGACAAUGUUCAUCAGUGCUUACUGGCAUGGAAUACACGCUGGCUACUACCUCUCCUUCCUCACCAUCCCCCUGUGCAUUGCAGCUGAGUCUGCCAUGGAGGUGUCUGUCCGAGCUAAACUGGGCCCUCGUGGACAGAACAUCUUUGACUGGGUUCACUGGUUCUUGAAGAUGAGGGCCUAUGACUACAUGUGCAUGGGCUUCGUGCUGCUGAAGGCUUCUGACACAAUCGAUUACUGGACGUCCAUCUACUUUAUCAUGCACGUCGUUGCUGUUUGCUGUAUAAUAGUGGGCAGGGUGCUGAAGGGAGGCAAAAGAGAAGGGAGGAGAGGGGACAAGGAGGACAAAAGAGAGGGAGAGAAGAUAGAAAAUGUUAAAGAGAAACUGGUAGAAAAAACGCACUGAAAGAAGCUGCAGAAACGAACUGGUUAGAUACUUUAGAGGAGAAAUUAUGCCAAGACUAGAAUUUGUAGCCCUCUCCUUCCCUCAACAAUGGGCACACAGGCUCAAUAUUUCCUGUGAGAAAAGUUUAACUUGAGUUUAUUAAAAGUACAAUAAAUCAAAAGAAAAUUGUGACACGUUAACUCCACUAAGGGUUGCCACUGGAGACAUUUCAUGUACAGUGGGUACGGAAAGUAUUCAGACCCCCUUAAAUUUUUCA